GAGAUCGCAAAGUAUUCUAUUGUGAAGUCAGCUUCACGUCUUGAUCGUGCUAGGAGAAAAAGGGAUGAUCCUGAUGAAGAUUUGGAUGCUGAAGUGGAUUCAGCUUUAAACCAAGCAGGAACUCUAGUUCUUGAUUGCAGUGAGAUUGGAGAUGAUCGUCCGCUUUCUGGUUGCUCACUGUCACAUGAUGGCGAGAUGCUUGCCACAUGUUCUCUAAGUGGAGUAGCAAAGCUAUGGAGCAUGCCUCAUGUAAAGAAGGUUUCUACCCUUAAGGGACAUCAUGAGCGAGCUACUGAUGUUGCAUUCUCUCCAACAUGCAAUCAUCUAGCUACUGCCUCUGCUGACCGAACGGCAAGAUUGUGGAAUACAGAAGGGUCUCUUUUGAGGACUUUUGAGGGCCAUUUGGAUCGUCUAGCACGGAUUGCCUUCCAUCCAACUGGAAAAUACUUGGGCACAACUAGCUUUGACAAGACAUGGCGUUUAUGGGAUGUGGAAACCGGUGAAGAGUUGCUUCUUCAGGAAGGACACAGUAGGAGUGUGUAUGGACUAUCUUUUCACCAUGAUGGCUCCUUGGCUGCAUCUUGUGGACUAGACUCACUUGCCCGUGUUUGGGAUCUUAGGACAGGAAGAAGUGUUCUUGCUUUUGAAGGCCAUGUUAAACCUGUUCUUGGUAUCAGUUUUUCUCCAAAUGGGUACCAUUUAGCUACUGGCGGUGAAGACAAUACUUGCCGAAUUUGGGAUCUGAGGAAGAGAAAAUCUCUCUACACUAUACCUGCCCACUCAAAUCUCAUAUCCCAAGUUAAAUUUGAACCUCAAGAAGGAUACUUUUUGGUGACGGCUUCAUAUGAUAUGACUGCGAAGGUGUGGUCAUCAAGAGACUUUAAGCCUGUUAAGACGCUAACUGGACACGAAGCCAAAGUUACUUCAUUGGAUGUUAUGGCAGAUGGACAAUUCAUUGCUACGGUUUCACACGAUAGGACAAUCAAGCUAUGGUCUAGCAAAAGCAAUGAAAAAGAGAAGGCGAUGGAUAUUGACUACUAAUUUAGUAAAUUUUGCAGAGAUGUAUUGGAAGUCAUUGAAUUUGUCAAUGACUGAUGAGAAAAAAAGAAUUUUUAAAUGUAUCGCACCCACUUGAACCCUUCAUGAGCUGUAACGCCCCGAUUUGGGUCCUGCAUGGUCGUCACCCUAAGAUAAGGACGGUGAGGAAAGUGGUGGUGGUGGCCGGUGGGGAGCAGGAUGCGGGGUUCGAAUUCAAUAAUUAGCAUUUGUUGUACAAUUGAUCUUCUUGUGGAUUAUGGCAUGGUAAUUGAAGAAUGCAGCAGUGACCACACAACAUCAUCUAAGGCUUAAAAGAAUGCGCAGAGAUUGGAAAUGCUUGGAUUUGAUUAAUUAGGAGUUUAAACGUGUGCUCCGCAAUGCUACUCUGACAUUAUUUUUGUUAUUAGUAUUGAGUUUUUGGCACGCUAAAUUGAAAGUGGGCAAACUAAUAUCUUGAGGUUCAAAAUUUAGGGUGUGUUCUGUGUCGACGAAGUUUUGCAAUGAAUGGAAUAAAAUUUAAGGCCUGGUACUGGC